AGUGCAUUUGGCUUUUUUUUUUUCUUUUCUUGUUUCAUAGUGUAAAAUAACAUUGGAUUUAUCAAUCCAAUGAAAGAAAAAUGUCUUUACUCUUUGUAACAUAAAUUAUAUAUAUAUAUAUUCAUAUUUCUAGGAAUAAGAAAUUACAGUUGUUUUCUUGAUCUGUCACUAAUCUACAAAUCCAAGAAAAAUUAAUAGCAAAAAAAAAUAAAAUGUGGUUAUUUGGAUUGAAUGGAGCAUCUGGAUUUUCAUCUUCAUCAACUGCUGAACAAGUUACUCAAGGAAUUGAUGCUACUGGCCUUACUGCCAUUGUUACAGGAGCAUCUAGUGGUAUUGGUGCAGAAACAACGCGUGUCCUUGCAAUGCGUGGUGUACAUGUAGUGAUGGCGGUUCGCAAUGUAAAAAGUGGCACAGAAGUUAAAGAUAGUAUUCUUAAAGAGAUUCCUGAGGCCAAAAUUGAUGUAAUGGAGUUGGAUCUCGGGUCUAUGGCAUCCGUUAGGAAGUUUGCAGCAGAAUAUAACUCUACUGGCUAUCCUCUGAACAUCCUAAUCAACAAUGCAGGGGUUAUGGCUCCACCGUUCAUGCUUUCUCAAGACAACAUUGAAUUACAGUUUGCAACUAAUCAUUUAGGUCAUUUUCUUUUGACAAAUAUUUUGAUACAGAACCUAAAAGAUACAGCUCAAGCAAGCCAUAAAGAAGGGAGGAUUGUAAACGUUUCAUCAAUGGGACAUCGAUUUACAUACCGCGAAGGAAUUCGCUUUGACAAAAUCAAUGACAAAGAUAGUUACACUGCUAUACUUGCUUAUGGACAGUCAAAGCUUGCUAAUAUUUUACACGCGAAUGAACUUGCAAGGCAUUUCAAGGAGGAAGGAUCGGAAAUAACGGCUAAUUCACUUCACCCAGGGGCAAUUAAUACCAAUCUUCUCCGUCACCAUAAUUUGGUUGAAGGUAUAGUUAACUGGAUUGGCAAAUACUUCAUUAAAAAUAUUCCACAGGGAGCGGCAACAACAUGCUAUGUGGCUUUGCAUCCUCAGGUGAAGGGAAUAACCGGUGAAUACUUUGCGGAUAGCAAUAUUGCUGCACCAACUUCUCAGGCUAAAGAUGCAGAAUUGGCAAAGAAACUCUGGGAUUUCAGCUUGAAUUUGACAAAACCUCAGUAAAAGCAAUGCCAAUGUUGGUUUGUGGAUUGCUUAUCUCAGUAUGUGAUCAUCGGACUACGCUUCGUAAAUUCUCAUGUUUUUUUCUUUUCAAAUACUGUUUUGCUAUGCACACAUCUCUACUGGUUUUGGAUGUGUACAGAUAAAAACUACCCAAUCUGUGGUUUGUGCUCAGAUGCUUGGGUGCAAAGUAGUGGCACAUGUAGAAAACUUGAACUUCUUGAUUAUAGUGUCCCUUUUUGGUAUA